UAAAUUAUCUGUGGACUGUAGAAAACUGAAACAAAUUUCAUCCAUCCAGUUGGGGUUAUGUUCUGUUCAGUUCUGCUGGUUCGUUGACUAGUAUUGUAUUUGUUUUUGAGUAAAAUCGGUGAAGAAAUAGUAUAAUAAAUUUUAUUAUCAAUAGUUAAAGCUGCAACUCCUAGUUAAGUUCUAAAUUGCUGUAUUUUAAAAAUUGAUAAUGGGUAAACAUAAAGAUCAUAAACGUAAAAAACAUAAAAAGGGCAAGAAGCAUAAGAAAGAAAUAAAGUACAGUAGUAGUUCUUCCAGUAAUUCUGAAGAUGAAUGGGUAGAGAAAGAACUAAUUAAAAAUGAUGAACAAGCUCUUGAAAGAGAAAGUUGGAUGUCAUUGUCAACCACUUUUAAUUCUUAUUCCAGUACUGAUAAGAGACAAGAUCGUGAAGAGCAAAGAAAACUUGAAAAACAAAAAUCUGUUUAUAAUCCUUGCGAAAGUGUCAGGGAAUUAAAUCCUUAUUGGAAGGGGGGUGGUGAUGGUAUGCCUUCUAUAAAAUUUAAAAGGCCACUUGAUGAUGGUGACAGUUUUCAAAAUCCUGGCAAUCAUCCCAUACAAAAAGACUCUGGUAGAGUUCAACCACAAAGUUCAUCUAAUUGGCGAAAAAAGACUGUUCCAGACCAUACAACUAACAGUGCAGAUACAUCUCACAAUUCAAAUGAUGAUAGUAAUAAACUUUUAAGUGAAAAUGAAAUGAAUGCUCUUGCUGCUAAAUUAGUAAAAGCUGAAAUAAUGGGAAAUAUACCUGUAAUUUAUGAACUUAGACAAAAACUUGAAGAUGCAAGGAAAGCAAAAGAAAAAAUUGCAAUGGAAAAUCAUUCUAUACUACUGACAGAAACCGACUCUAAAGGUUUUUCUCGCCCAUUUAAGAUGGAAUCAACAUAUGGGGAAUACUCAGGAAGUUCUCAUAAAAAACAAAAAGUUGAAACUCACAAAGACAGAGAAAGGGUAAGGUAUUUCCCAGAUGAUGAUAAGUACUCCCUCAAACAAAUGUUUGAAAAUGAAAAAUUCAACUCAGUUGAAGAUGAAGCUAGAGACUUUGUACGCCUCACAGGUCAAGUUGGAAAAAAUGAUGAUCUUGAUGAUCUAUUUACUGAUAACAUUAGAAGAAAAAAAUCAGAUGAGAGAAUUGAUAAAAGAAAUAGAGAUAAGGCAAUAAGGGAACAUGAACAGACUAUACAAACUAUAGAAAAUUGCACAAAAUGCAUACAAUCUGCAAAUAUGCAGAAGCAUUUAAUGGUUUCACUUGGAGAAACGAUUUAUCUUUGUCUUCCACAUCAUGAACCACUUACAGAUGGACNAUUCGAAAUUUUGUUAAGGAAGUGCUCUGUGAUGUUUGUUUAG